AUAACAGCCAAAUAUUUUCCCUAAAAGUAGCAGACAAGCAAAUUGGAUAACACCCGAAUAUUCUUGCGUUGCUGGCAAUGACAAUUACAUAGUGGGAAUUUAAUAACCAAAUCCAAGUUUAGAAUAAAACAUUAAAACCACAUCCUAAGCAGUAUACAAUUGACGUCUGUAUGCAAGGAUUAAGGAUUGCCACACAAAGAAUAGAAAAGGGGUAGAAGGAGGUGAAGGGUAUAUAGCAGGCAGCAGCAGACCAGUAUUGGGGUGUGGGGGAUUGGGUAAGAGUUUUCCAAGUGUGAGUCUUGUGCAAACAGCUUGGCUUUGCUUUUUGUGCGAUUACAACCACUGAAUUGGGUAUUCAACCCACCUCAGGUUCCAGCUAUGGUACUCCCAAGAUUAUCUCUUUAUCCCUAAUUAAUAGCACCUCCCUUUGAUUUUUUCAACAUCUUCAAUCCCGUGACUCCCCCCUGCUGGGUCUCUCUCCCUCCUUUUCUCCCUGUCUCUCUCUCUUUCUACCAACAAUACAGCUAUCUACUUUCUUUCUUCUUCCCUUCUUUUUUUCCCACCCUGUAACCAUUCUACACAAUACUGGAGAGCCAAGCCAUGGCUGCCUGUGGGAGUCUUCAACACAUCUUUGAGAAGCCAUUGCCAGAAAAUCCAACACUCAUGGACACCCUCUCGUCAUGGAACCAGAUUAAAUCCAUGAAGCCCCCUGAGCAGCCCUCCUUCACUGAGAUAUUUGGGGAACUGCAUUUCAAAGAGAAUUCCGAACUACUAUCAUCAUCAUCAUACUUGUCCUCCCCGCAUCCACCAACAUCAUCAUCUUCGUCAUCAUUGUCUUCUACAUCAUCAACAUCCUCAUUGAUAGAUUUCAACCCGCAACUGAGGAUUGAAAAGAAUGAGAAUUGGGGUGAGAAGGGGGAGGAGAACAAGGGGCCAUUAAAUCCGUAUGUGAGUCGUCACAGGAACAGUGAUAGCUUUUCAUCUAUGAAGAGUGAAAGCCUACAGCUAUGCACUGAGGGUCUUGGGUUCGAAAGCUGUGAUGAUGUUGAGGACGUGCACAAUGAAAUAAAGGAUGAUUGGGAAAACCAAGAGGAAAGGGUGACAAGGCAUUCACCAAGGGAGAAUGCAUACACAGAAUUCAGGAGAUCCAGGACACAAGGAGGAGCAUUCCCUCCACCCAUUUCUUGUAUAGGGAAGAGCGGGAAGCCUUGGGUUAGCUUUAAAUCCUACCGACAUGAUGGCAGGUUUGUUCUUAAGGAGAUUCGGAUCCCCAAUCAGGAGCUCCUUCAUGCGUGCCGAGAAGAUGGGCGUCUGAAGCUGCACUUUGUUCAACCAGAUGAAAUCCUGGAAGAAGAUGAAGAACAAGAUGUAGAAGACACAGAUAAUGAAGAUGAAUAUGAUGAUAAUGAUGAAGAAGACAAUGACGAAAAUGGCGAACACGAAGCUGAAAUCAGCCAUGAUGAAGCCAAAGGAGAUUCCUGCUUUUCUCCCUUCCAAGGGGAACUGCAAAUAAAAUUAGGGAAAUAAGUCAAGAAUUUGCCUUGGAUGUUCCUAGAAUAGUUGUUUUCUUCUGCUAAGCAUUUUCACACUAAAUUUCAAUGUGAGGUACAGUUUUCCUCUACUUUCUACAACUGUAGUUGCUCUUAGCAUGUUAGAUUUCUUCAGGCAAUGCAACAGUACCUCAAACUAAUUUUACCUCAAA